AAGGAAAGUAAGGAAAAAGAAAGACAAGCACAAUGAAACUGUCAUGAUUAUAGUUCACUACCACCUAUCAAUAUCCAAAACAGCAACAUUAAACCAACGUUCUCUUUCUCUGCCCUUAUCCUACCUAGCUUUUUCUUUCCUUUAAAUUCCAAAGUCUUUGCCAAUAAUCCUAUUGCCUUGUUAUAACUUUGCUAUAUAUAUUUCUCUCUAACACUAAUUAGUUACAUUGUUAAUUAAUUAUUAUUAAUGAUAACAGAAAAUUACAGAUCAAUGAAACUUCAUACAGAAACAGAGUGCUGUCUCCCUAAUAAUGUGACAGACAUUACAUGCAUGGAUAACCAACCAACGGUGGUGAUUGAGAAAUUGAGCAAAACGGUGCGUUUACUAGGUUUCAUGUUACAAAACGGUGUCUCUAAGAGUAACAGAGUGAUACAAGAUAUGCAAGAAGUGAUGAAGAGAGGGAAAAACAUAGGGAAAGCAUUGAACAGCGUGAUGGUGAAGCACCAUGAAGCACUCACGUGCCGACCACGUGAUGCUGAUAUGUAUUUCAUUUCACCGUUGGAGUAUCAGUUCAGCUGUAGUAGCAGUCCACCUCGUCUCUCUCGCGGUGGCGCCAGCAGUAGUAGGAGGAAGCUUUUGUCUCCGGCCAAGGAGGAUGGUCGCCGGCAAAUGAAGGUGUGUCGCGGCAAUGAAAGGAGGCGCGUGAAGAUGACAACUUUGUCUAGGGAGACAGAAAAGGAGAAAGAGUUUCAUGUUGACCAGGCGGCGGAAGAGUUCAUAGAAAAGUUUUACAGAGAAUUGAGGUUGCAGAAAUGGUUGGAUCAUCAUCAACAUCAACAUCAACAUCACUAUUAAUGCUGACGUGUCCUGUGUGUUUGACCCAGCUAGUAAUCAUGUGGAUGUGGCAGGUGAAUCAUAUUCAAACUCCAGUGACAAAUCUGCUUCUGAGGCUCUCUCUUUGAAUCUCUGUACUAUGUAUAUGUUAUGUUAAUGUUAAUGUUAGUUCAUGUAAUUGUAGGUACCUUAUUAUUGACCUGCAAUUGUUUUCUUUUCGUACUGUAGUGUUGUUAUGCUAUCAUCAACAAAGCUAGCUUCUUUCACUUUA